AUGUAUCUUCGCAGUUGUUUUGUUCGUUAUUUUCAUAAGAAGACACGUUUGCCCGAACUUGAUUUUACUAAACCAAUGAGCGAACGUUUGAAAAAAGUUUCCACAAACGAACCCGUUCAUUCCAAUGAUCAAUCCUUGUUAAAGCUCUCACUACGUGGACAAUGUCUCUUCGGUUUAUAUCCAAUUGAACUAGCACUAAAAACAAAACGUCGUCAAUUCUAUCGAUUAUUCCUUAGUAAAACUUCACAAGAAAAUCGUCCGAUUAUCGAAAAUAUUCAACAUCUAGCUAAACAAAUAUCUCUACCAAUUCAAUAUACCGACACAUUGACACUGGAUCGUUUGGCGUUCGAUCGACCACAUCAAGGUGCAUGUCUUGACUGUUCACCUUUGCCAGUAGAAAAUAUCGAUCAAGCAGAAAUGAAAACCGAUUCGAAUCGAAUAUUUCUCGACUUAUGUUUGGUUAAGACUCAUGAUCCAAUGAAUCUAGGUGCUAUUCUUCGUACGGCACACUUCUUUGGCGUCGAUAGAAUUCUUCUGACCCGUGGCACAUGUCAACCAUCGCCAGUUGCAAGCAAAGCGAGCUCAGGCGCAAUGGAAUUAAUGUCAAUCUACACUUGCCGUGACUUACCUACAUAUUUAAAGCAAUUGCAAGAACAACACAAUGUUGCAUUUGUUUGCGGAACACAUAAAGGAACCAUUCCAUUACGAACUUUACGUUUAGAUCAAAUCAAAGCUCGUUUAGCCGAAAAAAAUCUCCAACGAAUUCUAAUCUUAAUCGGUAAUGAGCAUGAAGGUAUUCCUGAUGAAAUCGUGAAGGAAUGUCAUUACAAUGUAUGCAUUCAAGCGAAUAAGAGAAGUGAAAUUUCAUCAUUGAAUGCGUCUGUUGCAUGUGCUCUGUUGCUCUACCAUAUUUCGGCACAAAUGAAUGAAUAA